AUGGAGACGCGGACAGUGAAAGCGAGCGCUCGCUGUGCAAUAUCACCGGAGCCCACAGUAACCGAUUCAGGGCUGGCUACGGGAGGGGGAAGCCUCAUCGAAUGGGGUCCUGGCGGGAUGCUGCCUGGCUCGGGCCUGGGCCUGACGCUUGUCAACAUCCCCCCGCCCCCAUCGGGUCAAAGGGGGUUUGUUCCGACUCUCGCAGAAGGCAGUGGGGACAUUGACGUCCAGGGGCCGUUCGGUCGCGUGCAUGUGCUUGGACAAGGCUGGAUGUUCACUCCCACCCCCGGCCUCAGAAGGGUGAUGGUGCUUCUGGCUGCAGCCCUGGUGUCGGCCUCGGUGGCUGCAGGGGAAGGCUGGCGAGAGGAAGGUGUGCAGUACGGCCAGGUGGGGGCGGACGUCGUCCUGUCGUGUGCCAGCGCCCCCGGACGCUCGGGGGUGGAGUGGCGGCGGGACAGGGCGGCCGCGCUCCCAGAGGGCUGCAUCCUGCGGGAUGGCGACCUGCUGCUGCUACGGGCCGAGCUCGCUGCGGGAGGAGCCUACAGCUGCCAUGACGGGACCGGGCAGCUCCUCCACUCCGUCUCCCUCCGGCUGGGCUACCUGCCCGGGAUCCCGUCCGUCACCUGCCGAGCUUCUGACUACGAGAAUUUCUCCUGUUCCUGGACACCCAGUGUGGAGACGUUCCUCCCCACCAGAUACAUCACCACCUACCGGAAGAAAUUGCUGAUGGGCGACGAGAAAUGGAGCAGGACCCAGAGCAGCCAGGUGGGGCCGUGCGUGCAGGACCCCAGGCGCCCGCGCACCUGCACCGUGCCCAAGUGUGAGUUCUGGAGCUCCUACCGGCUCAACGUCACCGAGGUGAAUCCGCUGGGCUCCAGCUUCCGGCUGCUCGACGUCACCAUGCAGGCCAUCAUUAAGCCGGACCCUCCGGAAGGCCUGGUGGUGGAGCCAGUCCCGUCGGCCCCGCGGCGGCUGCGGGUCCGCUGGCAGUACCCGGCCUCCUGGCCCAAGGAGCCCCACUUCCAGCUGAAGUUCCGGCUCCAGUACCGGCCCGUUGCGCACGGCUCCUGGUCCAUGGUGGAGACCGUGAACCUCUCUGAAGUCAUCACCGACGCCUUCUCCGGCCUGGAGCACGUGGUGCAGGUCGGCGCCAAGGACUUCCUGGACGCCGGCAACUGGAGCGAGUGGAGUGCCGAGGCGCGGGCCACACCCGGGCCAGGCCUGACCGUGACGCCAGGCGAUGAAGCCACCACCGACGCCAGCCUGGAGAGCCCGGCCGAGGAGCCCUCGCUGGCCCCCAACCCGGAGCCUGUGGAUCGCAGCGACCCCAUGGAGAAGGUGGCCAUCCUGAUCUCGCUCGGGAUCUUCGCGGUCGUCAUCCUGGCCGUGGUUCUGGGCAUCGCCAGCGCGGUCUGGCUCCGUCUGAGAAAACCCAGCAAAGACGAGACCAAGAAGCACGACUUCCUGGCAGCUGCCGUGCACAUGAGGGCCCUGCCCAAGGCCCAGAUCUUGUAG